UCUAUCUUCUUUCUCCUCUUUAAACCAAAACAUAACGAGUGGAUAUUAAUUAUUUCUUUUCCUCUCUCUAUCUUCAAUUUUAGAAAGUAUAUAAAUAAUUUUCCUUAAUGACAUGUUACAGUGAUCUGAUCUGUAUAUUUAAAAAUAUCUUUGAAUACUCGCUAUUAAAAUAAGGAAAGUCACUUUAUAAGAAAAUCAAGUUACUCCAUCAGUGCAUACGAAAUUUCCCAGAGAAACUGUUUGAUGUUUCAUCUUUCAUUCAGGGUGUCGAUGUUCUGUUCUUGAUUCUUGAAUCUUGCCAAAAGAAAGAAAAAUAGUAUUGAAGAAAAGAGAAAAUUCUCUCAUACCCAAAAAAAUCUCUAUACAAGAAGAGUGAAACCUUAAAGAAAGGACAAAAAAUGGGGGAAACAGCCCAUCACAACCACCAACACCCGCCGGCCCAUCACAACCACCAACACCCGCCGAAUCCCAUGCCUCCGCCUCCAGUAGUAGUACCUCCUCUUGGUGCUGCCAGAGGCCCUGUUUAUCCUCCGACAGAACAGCUCAUCCAGAUGCACUACUGCAUCCAUUCAAAUCCUUCCUGGGUACAAACUGCUGUGCUAGGUUUCCAGCACUACAUUGUUAUGCUUGGAACAACUGUGAUGAUUGCAACUGCCCUUGUGCCUCGGAUGGGUGGCAGUCAUGGUGAUAAAGCUCGAGUGAUUCAGUCAUUGCUCUUUAUGUCGGGAAUUAAUACCCUUCUGCAAACUUGGUUUGGCACUCGACUUCCAACAGUGAUGGGCCCAUCAUUUGCGUAUAUUAUAUCAGUAUUGGCGAUUAUCAAUGAUUUUUCUGAUAGUACAUUCGCAAAUGAACACGAGAGGUUCACUCACACUAUGAGAGCUAUUCAAGGAUCGUUAAUAGUAUCCUCACUUAUCAACAUUGUGAUUGGCUAUAGCAAUGCUUGGGGAAAUCUUACACGGUUCUUCAGCCCGAUUGUUAUAGUUCCAGUAGUCUGUCUAGUAGGUCUUGGUUUGUUUGCUAGGGGCUUCCCACAGCUUGGAAAUUGUGUGGAGAUUGGCCUACCCAUGUUGAUUCUGCUAGUUAUCGGCCAACAAUACUUGCAACACAUUUUUCCAGCUGCUGGAUCCUUGCUUGAGAAGUUCGCUUUGCUCGUCUGCAUUGGAAUUAUCUGGUCUUUUGCUGCAAUACUUACUGUUGCUGGUGCUUACAACAAUGUGCGAGAGCCGACCAAAUUAAGCUGUCGUAUAGACCGUUCCUUUCUCAUGUCAUCUGCUCCAUGGAUCAAGAUUCCAUAUCCUUUCCAGUGGGGCACCCCUAUAUUCAGAGCAAGUCAUGUAUUUGGGAUGAUGGGUGCUGCACUUGUUUCUUCAGCCGAAUCCACUGGAACAUUUUAUGCUGCAUCGCGCCUUGCUGGUGCUACUGCACCUCCAGGACAUGUGCUAAGCCGGAGCAUUGGUCUGCAGGGUGUGGGCCAGCUGCUUGAAGGGAUAUUUGGUGCUGUUGUUGGGACUGCUGCUGCUGUGUAAGCAGCUGAUAUUUUAUUACAAGUUCAAUGAAUUUUACUUUUCAGUACUAGUCAAAGUUGAACGUGCAUUGC